GAUCUCAAUAACAAACCAAAUUGAAAAGGUUAACAAUUUCAGAUUAAAAACAGCGUAUCGUUAACUACUGCGACUCCACUGCAAAAGAUUUUACGAGAUUUGAUCUCUCUCUGUUCACCUACAGUACUUGGCCAAGUUGAGAAGACUGAAUGUUAAAUUCGCGUUACCUUGUGGUGCAACCUCAGUACUUCAAACAGAUAAUCAGAUUAAAGAGCACAAAAAUGACCUCCCCUGUUUCUCCUCCAGACUGUGUUAGAGGAAUGAAGGUCUUCAAACCUGAAAUGUUUCAAAAAUCAGCUUCUUUUCCAUGUCUAAAAAUUCAGGUAGAACAGCUGAAUAGGUUGAAGAAGGUUCUGGAAAAGUUUGCAGUGAAGAUUCCAAACUUGAAGACUGUGCAGGAUACUGAGGAGUCAGGACAGAAGAUUAUUCUUCUCAACCCAAACAUUAUCAAAACCUUUAGUGAUUUGAAAGAUGUGAAAGAAGAACUGUUGAUAAAUCAAGUAAAUGAAGACGACCUAUCUAUCCGUGAGUUUGAUCUUGAGGCAGAAAACUGGAAACCCCAUGAGAAGCUUAAAUAUAUUCUUCCUGAGGAUGAUGAAGGUGUUUCAGGCUUCUCAAUCAUAGGUCACAUUAUCCACCUUAACCUGAAGGAGAGCCUACUGCCCUACAAGAAUGUUAUUGGUGCCGUUUUAUUAGAGACCAAAAAUAUCAAGACUGUUGUAACAAAGACGACAAAUAUAGACAACACUUUCAGAAAUUUCCAACUGGAAGUAUUGGCUGGAGAAAAUAAUUUUCAGGUUACUGUAAAGGAGAAUGGAAUCAAUUUCACGUUUGAUUUCUCACUGGUAUACUGGAAUCCUAGGCUUAGUACGGAGCAUGAGAGAAUUGUGAAGAAACUUGAUACUAAUUCUAUACUACUGGACGCAUGCGCAGGCGUCGGACCUUUCAGUAUACCGGCAGCUAAGAAAUGUCGAGUUCUGGCGAAUGAUUUGAAUCCUGAAUCCUUCAAAUGGUUAAAGUAUAACAAGGAAAAAAAUAAAAUCAGAGAAGACAGGAUAGAGUUGUAUAAUCUGGACGCCAGGGAGUUUAUAAAGUUGAAUCUACCUCGUGUUAUCAAGGAGAUUGUAGAGGAGGGAACAGAACAACAAAUCCAUAUAACCCUGAACCUACCAGGACUAGCAGUUACUUUCAUGGACGUUUUUCAGGGUGUGCUUGCUGAUUGUUCAGAACUUGAAUCUUGUAACUUCAAUCUUCCUCUUGUUCAUGUUUAUACCUUCUCUAAGGCUGAAGAUACUGUCCUUGAUGUCCGAACAAGGGUUGAGGACAACCUCGGCUGUUCUCUGGACCCUGACCAUCUCGUGGAGGUCGCCUUCGUCAGAAACGUGGCUCCUAACAAGGACAUGCUGAGAUGCAGUUUCCGUGUGCCCCGCAGCAUUCUCUUCGACAAGGGAACUAAGAGAAGGCUGAACCAGGGAGAUGAGGAAAAUGACAAUUCUUGUAAAAAAAUGAAAGAAUAAACUUUUCUUUUCUUAA